AACCAAUUAACCAAAAGUAGUAAAUACUGACCAAUCAGGUGUUGAGUAAUGGUUAGGUGACAAAUAGCUGAGUGUAUACGUAAUCUACACUAUAACCUUGAACUUUUAUAAUUAAAAGGUAGGUAAAAUAUUUAUUUAAUUGCUACUGCUACAACUAUCUGUAUAUUUAUGUACACAGAAAACAGAGCGUUCUUCAGCAAAUUCAUUCUUCAAUUAUACGUGCAUUGAACAAAACGGGUACACGCUUCAAUUUAUGUUAACAGCAGUGUUUAAAGUCUGGUUACAUGCAUUACUUUUUUCUCUUAUAUGUUGUAUGAGAAAUAAUAACAUGUGCCUGUGGCAGCCUACCCAAUAGUGACUACAAAUUUCCAGUUUCCAGCUAUCCUAAAACACUUUUGUGGAUAAUAUUGUCAACAUUGACUUCAUAGAUGGUAUCAUUCUCUACUUCACCGUCACUUUCAUCAUUACCAGAAUUUUCUAGAAUUUUCACACAUAUGUAUGAAUGUCGGAGACAAUUACUGCUAACAAAAAGACUUUCAUUCAUAUUAUUGAUUUUACUUUUGAUAUAUUCAGUGUAUUUGAUAAGUUCUAAUCUUUCAAAACUGGAAGUUCAACGUCAUCAUAUGAAGACAGUUCCUCAAACCCUUACAACCAAUCAAAGCAAAAAUAAACGUAAUAGUAAUGAACGAAGAAACAAUAUAUCCAAUCCAAAAAGACAUUUAGGCAAACUUGUUACAAAUUUAUUCGAUGAUCAAGCCUAUGUUCUUAAAAAAAAACUGGAUAUUAAUAAUUUAAUUUUAUUCCCAUUUGAAGAGGAUAAUCCGUAUGCUGAUGAUAGAAUUUUAGCUCAAAUGAGUUAUGUACCAGUACAAGUAGUAGAAGCUCGUAAAAGUGGAAAAGUUCAGAGGAAGCGUAUUCAGUUCUAUCAUAAAAGUGGUCCUUCACUUCGAAACAUAUCAAUUUGUCCAGUACAUGAAUGUGAUAUUAUCAAUGGCUACAGUGGAUUGGAGAAGGCACAUUUAGUUGUUUUUGAAGGUGGAACACCUGUCACCGAAUCGGUCAGGCCAAAAAAUCAGUUAUGGCUGAUUUAUCGUAUUGAAUCCCCGAAACAUUCUAACUUCAUACUACUGAAGGAUCAGAUUAAUUUCACCGCCACAUACAAUGUGGAUGCAACUUUAGUUACACCUUAUUAUAAAUAUGUAUCAUAUGAAGAUGUUGAGCCGAAAGAUUUCAAUAAAUUAUCUAAACCGUAUCAAGACUAUGCUGCUGGGAAAACUAAAAUGGUUGCUUGGUUUGUCAGCAAUUGUGUCACCAGCAGUCCAAGAAUGAAAUAUGCCGAAGUGUUGAGCAAGUAUAUUCAAGUUGACAUAUACGGUGAAUGUGGGACACUUCAUUGUGAACGUCACGACGCGGAAUGCUUUGAAAUGCUGAGAAAGGACUACAAAUUCUACCUGAGUUUUGAAAACAGUAUUUGCCAAGAUUAUAUUACUGAGAAGUUUUUUUUAAAUGCAUUAAAUAAUCUUGUUAUUCCGAUUGCAAUGGGAGCUAAAAAAUCCGACUACCUAAGAGUGGCUCCGCUGAAUUCUUUCAUUCAUGUGGAUGAUUUUAAUUCUAUUAAACAAUUAGCAGACUAUCUACACUAUCUGAAUAGAAAUACAUCAGCCUACAAUGAAUACUUUAGUUGGCAUGGUCAGGGAACAUUUAACUUCAACACGUAUACUGACUGUCGUUUAUGUAUGCUGGCACAUGAAGCUGAAAACUUACAAGGGACUCAUUGGUAUACAAAUGUAGAUGAAUGGUCAAAAAAUAGUUGUAGAGAUCGUUCAUAUACAUAAUAAAAAGUGAAUACAAUUAUUUAGCUAUUUUUUUCCCAUGUUAUUUUUAAUGAAAUAAGAUUAUUUUCUGUUAGUUUGUACGAGUUCAGUUUUUUUACAUUGGUAACUUCUUAAGUGUAAUGGUGGGAUGGUUUUUGAGUUCAUAUUUUGAUUCGCAAUUUUUUCAGUUUGUUUUCUAACAUGAUUUCUUAACUUUUUCUUUAAAUUUUCAGUGAAAUUAUAUUGUUUUCUUUAUACUAUUAUUUGUGGUUUCCGAAUCACCGAAGAGAAAACCUGCCUAAACUU